AUGAACAAGCAGCAUCCAAGAAGGAACACAAAGAGCCCCUUUCUCUUCUCCCAUCUCCUUGAAGAGUUGAUUCCACAAAUUCUGCUGAGAUUACCAGUUCGAUCUCUGCUCCGUUUCAAAACCGUCUACAAAUCAUGGCACUCUCUCAUUUCCGAUCCCCAGUUCGGUAAAUCUCACUAUGACCUAGCUGCUUCACCCACCUACCGAUGUCUUACAAUAGCUAAUGAUUCUGAAAUUGGGUCCAUAGAUGUAGAUGCGCCACUUCUCAAUUAUGAGUCUUCGGUAGUAAAACUCAAAUAUCCACUUCCACAACCCUGUAAGCUAUCUCUAUUUUCUGGCAACACUGUUUGGUUCUUGGGUUAUUGUAGAGGGUUUGUAAUUGUAGUUUAUGAACAGGGUGAUGUUUUUCUAUGGAAUCCAUCAACAGGUGUUCAUAAGAAAUUUAACACGGCAGACGUUUCGAACGAUACGUUUGAUUAUCUACAUGGUUUUGGGUAUGACACCUCAACUGAUGAUUACUUGGUUGUAUGCAUGGUAUUGAUUCCUUAUGACUGUUUUGAAGAAGAUCCAGAGGAUGUAGCUGAUUAUCCUACUCGCAUUUCAUAUUUUUCCUUGAACACAAAUUCCUCGUUUUACCCGGAGGGUACUUAUGUUCAAUAUUGGGAUAAUGGUGAACGUGAAUUCAAAGUUGGGUGUUUGUUGAAUGAGGCCCUGCAUUGGUUGGUUACCUCUCAUGAGACUAAACUUCAAGUAGUUAUUGCCUUUGAUUUGGUACAAAGGACUUUGUCUGAGAUUCCCUUGUCACCAACUUUAUCCAGGAAGUUAGAACAUAAAAAGUAUCGGUAUCAUUUGAAGGUCAUGGGAGAAUGUCUCAGCCUAUGUUACCCGGGUGGCGGCGAUUCAAUGGUUGAGAUUUGGGUGAUGAAAGAAUAUAAAGUUUCGUCAUCUUGGACUAAGUUAUUUGUUUUUUCUACUUGUAACAUUCCCAACAACUUGUUUUCUCCAAUAUGUCUCACCAAAGAUGGUAGAAUUUUUGGAAGUGGCUAUGGAAGAUUAAUGAUACUUAAUUUUAAUGGAUGGUUCCUUGAUAUGUGUAUACUCCGGCCCGAACCUGAUAUACAGAAAUAUAUUGAUGUACAUCACUGUAUGUAUAGAGAGAGUUUACUAUCACUUCCUAUGACUUUGAGGAAGCAAGUGAAGGCUUCGAGGAAGCAAGGGAAGACUUCGAGGAAGUAA